AAGGCGGCGGUGACGCCAGCCGGGCCCAGUGUUGGCGCACGCACGCCUUAGUCCCUGCACUUGCCAGGCAGAGGCCGGAGGACCGGCGCAAAGAGAGAGUUCUAGUUUGGCCUUCAUUAGCGAGGCCCCUUUCUCACCCCGGCCCUAAUAGGAAAGGGGGGCUGGGCGUCCUGAGGAAGAUUCACCGGAUGCAGAAUCCACGGCUUGCAGCUGGAACCCUACAUGGAUGAGAACUUCAUCUCAAGAGCCUUUGCCACCAUGGGGGAGACUGUGAUGAGCGUCAAAAUUAUCCGAAACCGUCUCACUGGAAUCCCAGCUGGCUACUGCUUUGUGGAAUUUGCAGAUUUGGGCACAGCCGAGAAGUGUUUGCAUAAAAUUAAUGGGAAGCCCCUCCCAGGAGCCACACCUGCAAAACGUUUUAAGCUGAAUUAUGCCACUUAUGGGAAACAACCAGACAACAGCCCUGAGUACUCCCUCUUUGUGGGGGACCUGACCCCAGACGUGGACGAUGGCAUGCUGUAUGAGUUCUUUGUCAAAGUCUACCCCUCCUGCCGGGGAGGCAAGGUGGUUUUGGACCAGACAGGCGUGUCUAAGGGCUAUGGUUUUGUGAAAUUCACAGAUGAAUUGGAACAGAAGCGAGCCUUGACGGAGUGCCAGGGAGCUGUGGGACUGGGGUCUAAACCUGUGCGGCUGAGUGUGGCCAUCCCUAAAGCGAGUCGUGUAAAGCCAGUUGAGUACAGCCAGAUGUACAGUUACAGCUACAACCAGUAUUACCAGCAGUACCAAAACUAUUAUGCCCAGUGGGGCUACGACCAGAACACCGGCAGCUACAGCUACAGCUACCCCCAGUAUGGCUACACACAGAGCACCAUGCAGACAUAUGAAGAGGUUGGGGAUGAUGCAUUGGAAGACCCAGCACCACAGCUGGAUGUGACUGAGGCCAACAAGGAGUUCAUGGAGCAGAGUGAGGAACUGUAUGAUGCGCUGAUGGACUGUCACUGGCAGCCCCUGGACACCGUGUCUUCAGAGAUCCCGGCCAUGUUGUAGCCACGACAUAGGACGGACGGUUAUCAGGGCAGCAGUUUUUUUUUUCUUUUUUGGCAAAGCUUUUAUCUUGUUGAAAAUUAUUUGUACGAUUUUAAUAAAUUACCGAGGUUUCCUGAGGUUGUGAGCCAGUUCA